GUUCAAAACAUUACCAUUGUUCUAGGAAUUCAAUGCGGCAAAUCACGAGCAAAACAGAAAGUGAAAUCGGUCCCUCAAUUUUCGGUCAUCAGGUAUUUUUAUGACAACUGUGUGGGCGGCAAAUCUGUAGCGAAAACAGUCAAAUCGCGCUGCUCAGGUCUCAAAUCGCGAGGCUUAGGCUGCUCCACGAGUUUCAGGAUCUGUUCGGCAUCAGUUUUAUGUGAAAAGAUGAGUAGCGUUGCCCAAUCCAUUUUAUCUAACUUUAAGUCGUUUGGCUGGCGUGGUAAAUUGCUGACCACGGUGGGCGUGUUGCUUACGGUGGAGAUUUCGUACGAGUUGUGUUUGUACGUGCAGCGAAUGCUCCGAAGGCGCAAAUCUCAGCGCCACUUUUGCAAUGUGUUCUUUAUGAAUCGUCGCCUUCCGGAAAACGUUUUGUCGGACCCGGCUCUGAUUGUCACGGAAAACAUUGCGCGGCUCGUUAACUAUAUCGAUCGGGCCCAGGAUUCCAUCUGCCUCUCUCUGUACAUUUUCACUCUUGCCGACGUGCGAGAUGCUGUUAUACGCGCGAAAAAGGAACGCGGUGUGGCUGUCCGGGCGGUAACCUGCGAGUCGAUGAUUUACAACGGCGGUGCCCAGUUCAUUGCGCUGCUGAAUGAAGGUAUCACCGUCCACUAUAAGAUUAAAGCGGAUCACCUGAUGCACCACAAGUUCUGCUUGCUGGAUGCGGAGUGGCUAUGCGCGAACUGCCUCAUCGCCGAGCACAUUCAACAAACCGGGCAGCCUUCGAAAGACAUGCAAUAUGCGUUAUUUGACCGAGCGGUGCAGACCGAAAGAAAGACGUUGGAGGCACUGUUUGGGAGCGCCUGUACUAAAUGCGAUGCGACCAAACGGAACGCAAGGGAGAAACGGCUCAAGUCUUCGGAGAACCCUCUACAACCGGGCGGCGUGUUGAUUACCGGGUCUAGCAACUGGACGAUGCCCGCACUCACGGUGCACUGGGAAAAUAUGAUAUUUACCUCCUACCCGGAGCUAGUUCGUCCGUUUGCGGUAGAGUUCCAGAGGCUGUGGUACGAACUAGGCGACGACAUGCGUGCCAGCAAACAUUUGGCCUUACAAAAUGGAAAGUCGUUGGUUAAAUCCAAGUUUGCAAGCAACGAAGAGCACAAUGUUUCAAUUGUAUGACCCGAAGUAUUCACGUAUGAAUUCCAAUAACUACUCGUUUACCUAUACAUGCUUCAAAUAAAGCUAUAUAUUUUCUUUCUGUAGUAA